AUGACCCUCCUCUCCCCGCACUUCAAGCUCGAAGAGGUCUCCGAAGAUGACAUGGUCAUUGCAUCUCUGGCCUGGGGCUUCACUCUCGGCUUCGGUUGGCUCACAGUAUGGACGGCGAUCAAGCAGACCACCGCCAUGUAUAGGCGGCAAGGCGAUCGUAUCUACCGCAACGCAUAUAUCUGGAUGAUUUGGCUGGAGAUUCUCGUGUGCACCAUCUUCAGCAUUAUAUGCCAUUUACUGACCACCACAGUGACCACUUGGGCUCUCCAGGUUCAAUUUCUUCUCCAAAUCAUCAUUAACCGAUGCGCCAUUCUUCUUACCAACCAGAAGCGGGCAUGGCGACUUAAAGUAGGCGUCGCCGUACUGAUCACCGCCAUCAACAUUUCCGUCUACAACAUUUGGGUGCCGGCUCGGUUACAGAUAUCAGAAAGAUAUAUCGAAAUCAACGAGUGGUGGGAUCGCUGCGAAAAGGUCAUUUACUUGAUUGUCGAUGGCGCGCUCAACAUCUACUUCGUGCGCAUCGUCCAGAAGAACUUGGUUACCCACGGCCUGACUAAGUACAAGCGACUGACGCAGUUCAACAUGUUCAUCAUUGGGUUUUCUUUGAGCAUGGACGUGCUUAUCAUUGCGAUGAUGAGCCUCAACAACACAUUUGUUUAUAUGCAGUUCCACCCCUUGGCAUACAUGGUCAAGCUCAAGAUCGAAAUGUCGAUGGCCGAGCUGAUUGGCAAGGUUGCUCGGAAACGCGAUCUCGGCAUCCUAUCUGCUGCCGACUUCAACGGGAACCGAGACUCGUAUCAGCCGUCCGAGUACAGCUUGCAGUUACCUACUUACGCGAGAGGUCGCCCUGUCGGUGGGAUCGAUGCCACGAUCAGCAGCCAACCCCCGAAUCCCAUCGAACUCAACAAUGUCGCGAAGCCAAAGAUACCCGCAUUGCGAGGAGUUAACGUCGCUGCCGUCAGCUCCGGUCCGAGCAGUCGGAGACCUUCGAUAGGUGCCGCGAACGCUACCGACGCCGACGGACAGCCCAAGAUGGCGAUUUACAGAACGAGGGAGGUAGUCGUCGAAAUCGAAAGGGUCCCUCCUACUCAGGGCCACCAACCAAGUACGAGCCAGGCGAGUCAGCUUACCCUCGACGACUCUUUCGAUAUCACCAACUUUGAGGACGAUUCAUCGAUCAAGGGUCUCUCGGCGGCUCAAAAAUCACUGGCAUUGCCAAACAUCCAAGCCCCGUGGGCCACGCAAGAAUUUAGCACCAAGAUAUGGGACGGCACGAAUUGCGACGAGGAUCCCACCCUGCCGACAACAAUCGCGAAGAUUGGAUCAUGGCCAAAAGACACCUGA